AUGGUUGUCGGCGAGUUUACGGUCAGCAACAUAGCGAUGGAGGAGGAUAAGAGGGAGGAGGAGAAGAACAAGGCGAUUAGCCAGCUAGACCUGGACAAAUUCAAGGCAGAUGUUGCGGCGCAAGCGGCUAUCGCAAAGCAGGGAAAGCUGAACGAGGCGCUGGAGGGCCUGCUCAACCUGGAGAAGUCGGCGCGCCAGGCUGAGGACAUCGGCGCGCUGCGCGCCGCAUGCAGCGCGGUGCUGACCGCGUGCUUCGACGCGGGCGAAUGGAAGCUGCUGGAGGAGAACGUGGUGCUGCUGUCGAAGCGGAGGGGGCAGCUGCGGCAGGUGAUCCAGUCGUUUGUGCGUCAAGCCAUGGGGUACAUCGACAAGACCCCGGACAAGGCCACCAAGGUGUCGCUCAUCAAGACGCUGCAGACUGUCACGGAGGGCAAGAUCUUUGUUGAGAUCGAGCGGGCGCGCCUGACGCGGCGCCUGGCCGCGAUUCAAGAGGCGGACGGGCAGAUUCAGGAGGCGGCAGACACCAUGCAGGAGGUGCCAGUGGAGACGUUUGGGGCCAUGGCCAAGACCGAGAAGAUCGCCUUCAUCUUGGAGCAGGUGCGGCUGUGCCUGGCUAAGAAGGACUACAUGCGCGCCCAGAUCCUCAGCCGCAAGAUCAGCCCGCGCGCCUUCGUCAUCCGCGUCGGCGAGGCCAAGGGGGAGAUCGGCAUUGAGGGCACAGCCAUCGAGGAGGCGGAGGAGGGCGUCGCCACCCUUCCGGAGCUCAAGGUGCGCUACUACGAGCUGAUGAUCCAGUACCACAUCCACUCCAACAACUACCUGGAGGUCUGCCGCGCAUACAGGUCGCUGUAUGAGAGCGAGGGCAUCAAGGAGCACGAGGACAAGUGGGUCCCGGUGCUGAAAAAGAUCUGUUGGUUUGCGGUGCUGACCCCCACAUACUCCACCGCCGAGGGCAGCAGCAGCGACAUCGCCACGCUCGUCACGGCCACAGCAGCGGACAAGCGUCUGGCCGACGCGCUGCCGCUCUACAAGCAGCUGCUCGACACCUUCCAGACGCCUGAGAUCGUGCGCUGGCCGCUGUUUGAGGCGACUUACGGGCCAGAGAUGGCGGCAGAGGCGGACGUGUUUGGGGAUGCCGCAGAGGGGGGCGCCAAGCGGCGCGAGGACCUGCAGCUGCGCGUGGUCGAGCACAACGUGCUGACUGUUGCCAAGUACUACACGCGCAUCUCCAUGGCCCGGCUGGCGGAGCUGCUUGACCUCAGCGCAGACAAGGCCGAGGACGCGCUGUCCAAGCUGGUGGUGUCCAAGGCGGUCUGCGCCAAAGUGGACCGCCCCGCGGGCGUGGUGACGAUCGGCAAGAAGAAGAAGCCCGAGGAUGUGCUCAAUGCGUGGGCCACAAACAUCGAGAAGCUGCUGGGCCUGGUGGACAAGGCCACGCAGCAGAUACAGAAGGAGGCCAUGGUGCACAAGGUGCAGCUGGGGGCGGGCGCGUGA